UGUUGUUUAAACCCUGCUCUGGUUUGCUCUCACUAAAACACGGAAGGAGUUUAGAGACAGCUAAGGACCAGGGGAUCCUAAAAAGUCUCCAGUCAACUGGGCCCGGGGAAGCCAUGGCUGACAGUAUGGAUGAAGAAAUGUCGGAGGAGCCCGUACCUCUCCAGAAGGACCUGACUUGCCCCGUGUGUCUGUGCAUCUUCCGGGACCCCGUGCUGCUCAAAUGUAGCCACAGUUUCUGUCGGGAGUGUCUUCAGAGAAGUUUCAAGAACAACAAAAAGUGUCCACUGUGCAAGGCGGACUUUGAGGAAGGACAUGACGUCUCCAACCGCGCGCUCAGCGACGCAUGUGACACCUUUCUUAAACACUCACACCUGCGGCCGAACCAGAAACUUGCCAGUGGGGACAUCUGUAACCUUCACCUGAAGCCUCUGGAGCUCUACUGCGAGAAGGACGAGGAGCCAGUGUGUGUGGACUGUGUGUCCCUACAUAGUACACACAGACUGUGGUCAGUGAGAGACGGAGCACCAAUAUGUAAGAAGGAGCUGGGGUUCAGAGUCCAGAUCUUUGAAAAGAAAGUGGACUCAUACAAGAAAACAACACAUAAAAUCAGCAUUGCAGUGGAAUACAUCAAGCAACAAGCUGGGCAGGCGGAGGAGCAGAUCAAGGCAGAGUUUGAGAGGCUCCGACAGGUGCUUGUCAGAGAGGAAGCUCUGCGUCUGAAAGCCCUUGCUUCUGAGGAGGAGGAGAAGAUUCUUGCCUUACAGGAACUGAAUGACAAAACAAAAAAAGACAUUGUUGCCCUGAAAGAGCUCAUUGACUCUUUGAAGAAAGAGAUGGGAAAUGAGGAUCUUCCCCUCCUGCAGAAUUUCCGGAAUUUAAAAAGAAAAACCCAGUGGGAUGGUGAAGACCGUCGCCUUGGUGAAGACUGUCUUUUGAAUAUUGGCAAGCAUGUCGGCGCUUUGAGCUUCAAAAUCUGGAAAAACAUGCAGGCCCAUGUCAAAUACAAUCCUGUGGUUUUGAACCCAAACACAGCCUCUCCGUGGCUGUCUUUGAAUGCAGACCUGACCAGUGUGAAGGAGAGCCCAGAGCGGCUGACCGCCCCUGACAACCCGGAGCGCUUUGAUUCCUGCGUCUUUGUCCUGGGUGUUGAAGGUUACACCUCAGGGAAACACAGAUGGGACGUCAUUGUUGGUGACUGCCCAAAGUGGGUCGUGGGAGUGUGCAAAGAGUCAGUGGCUCGUAAAAAGAAGUUCACAGUCUCUACAAACCGCGGCGUGUGGUUAAUAGCACUGAGGGAAGGGGUGUACACUGCCUUAACACCUGAGCGUACAAAACUAGAGGUGCAGCAGCGUCUUGAAGUGAUCAGAGUUAAGCUUAAUAUUGAUAAAGGAGAGGUGUCAUUUUUUGAUGGGGUAACAGCAAAGCACCUGGUCACUUUAACUCAUAAGUUUGAUGAGAAGAUAUUUCCUAUGUUUGGCCCUGGGCUCCACAGUACACCGAUCAUCCUGGCUCCAGGAAAAAUGGCUGUACACACUUCAUGAUAUGCCUUUAUACAAAAAGAGCUUCAUGGCUGUAGGUCUUAAAAUUGUAAUUCUAAUUAAAGGCGAGAAGUCAACAUCACUUUAAGGAUGCACUCGCACUAGGCCAAGGCCCCAUGCUGUGCUGAAAGCCCGAUUGUCCCCCCUCCCCAGUCCCCCUCUGGCCUGCACUCAAAUUUGUGAGCAUGAUACGUGGUACCUCUUGUACAUACGUCAUCAUGUUGUAAUACUGGAUAAUCGCGGAUAUUCCCAAAGACCUCCGAGUUCUUGUGGGUUUUAUCCAGCUGACUCUGAAUAUUCGCAUCUAUCUAAAUUUUGAGUUAAUACUCGACCUCUGCAUCUGACCAACAUAAGCCUGUUGUCGCUAUCCUUUAAAAUGAUUGUCGAAAUGAACGGCCGCACUGUUUGGCUAUACGUUGCAUACCCGUGUUUGUGCUCAUGCAUGAGUAACCAUACCGUUUAGUGGUGACAUAACAAAGGGUAAGGUUUUUCAUCUGCUUUUUUGUGUGCAGAUGAAAACAUUUGUUAUGAAUUGGCGCUAUACAAAUAAAGACUGAUUGAAAGAUUGAUUGAUAGCUUGCCAAAGCACACCUUUUUCAACCGUGCCAGGGCCAACAAUUUGUCACUUUAUAAAAUAGAGAUAGACCAGAAUAAAAAAAAAAAAAGAAAUUGCCAAAAUAACUUCUGAAGGGUUUGAUCAAAUAUUCCCUCUUCAGUUAUUAAUGCGCAGAAUGUAAUUAAGCAAAAUCCUCUUUUAUACAAAAAAACCGGGAAUUAACUAACUGGGAAUGCAAUAUUUAGGUUGCUUUGCUUUUUGGGCUUACAGGGCUGUUAUAUACAGUUCAGUCAGGAAUAUAAAAAGUGGACUGACUUUACGUUUGGAAAAUGUGCUCUAUUGAUUGUUCGAGCACUUUAUUAUGAUGUUGAUUCUGCUCCAACUGUGUGGUCUAAAGUGUUUACAUCAGGGGUGGGCAACUGGCGGCCCCCAUCAACCCUAAACGUGGCCCUCGGGUCAUUUUUUUACAUAUCAAUUAAUUGGAAACAUUUAGAAAACAUGACACAAUCUGCCAUGAAAUCAUGAAAAUCUGAAAUAUGUACAUAAUAAUAUCUGACAACUGGUAUAUGUUAAGAUAAUAAUUGACCGUAAUUGUUUUUGUAUCUUACAAUUUGGCCCUCUGGCAGUGAGAAUUAAAUGAAUGUGGCCCCUUGCUGUGACCAAAGUUGCCCAUCCCUGGUUUACAUGAUCUGUGGUGUUGUGUUGGUUUUGAUAUAAUUGUAUUAUGGAUGCUGUUCAUCAGUGUGGCCAGGAAACAGUUAACAGGAUAUACUCCACUACUCUUCAUCUGUAUGCUGUUUCCAGAUGAACUCUCAAUAAAACACAUUUAAACCAA